AUGUUAGAACGUACUAUGAAUAUGUGGAUAGAAUGGGUUACAACUGAAGGAAUAAUUAUAUCAGACUCAAUAGUAAAGAAGAAAGGUUAUCAAUUUACACAAUCAUUUGCUAUAUCAGAAGAAUUACUUACAUUUUCAAAUAGUGCACCUUUAGAAAACUUAUCUGAAGAAUGA